AUGAGUGACGAAAAAGAUACUGGCCUCAAUACACCACCUCCGUUGACGAAACAAUGGCAUAUCAUCGAACUUCCAUCAGGAGGGACGCCUGAGACGGCCCGAUUUCCUGAAGAGACUCCAUACACUGAGCAGGAUGAUGUUCUUAUGGAAUGUGAUGAAGGCGAUCAAGAAGCCCUUACUUCCUUCCAAUACGCCGACCGCGGUGAAAGUUCCGACGGUAACUUCAGUCCUUUGGCAUCCCCAGGUUUGUCGGGACUUCCGGAUAUUUCCUCGCAACUAUCCUCUAUUUUUCCCGACGAGUCACCGGCGGCUUCUCAAGAAGUAGACUCGGCCAACUUUCUUGGAUUUCUGCCGACGCCUUCAAAGAGCGGAACGGACAGUCAUGGAACUGACAUCCAGGGAACCGAAUCGAACGCUAGUCUUUUUGCGAGAGAUAGCUGUGGUGCCGACGAUGUAAUGUCUCACUGA